UUUAUGGCAGAGCAAAACCGAGACAAGAACAAAUGGAUGUGCUUCUGAAGGUGGCAAUCCAAUUACCCAUAUUUUCUCCACCCGUUUGCCCGAACCCGACUCGCGAUCGUUGUUCCACGGAGCUCCGUUUCUCGCGCUGGAACAACGCCAACGCCGAGAAGUUCAACCGGCGCCGCCGAACUAUCCAGGAAAUCGAAGACGAAAUCUGCCGCACUCGCCGCUUCACGGCCGCCGACAACAUCACCAACACCGCUUUCGCCGCCGAUUCCGCCGCAGCCGCCGAAACGUUCAAAUCCCUCGGAACUCCCUCCGCCCCGUCACAACCUUCAAUUCCGGGGAAGAAAUCGAAGUACUCCAAGCCGCCGCCGAAGCCGAAACCCUUACUCGAUUCGCACCCCGUGGUUUCGCGAGCCGCGAGCCUCGAAUUUCGGCCGGGACCGGAGAACGUCAGAAUCGGCGACGACGGAGUUUCCUACGUCGUCGACGGCGCGCCGUUCGAGUUUAGGUUCAGUUACACUGAGACUCCGAAUGCGAAGCCGGUGAAAUUGCGCGAGCCGCCAUUCGCGCCGUUCGGACCGGCCUCCUUGCCGCGGCCAUGGACGGGGCGGAACCCGGUGCCCCCGAGCAAGACGACGGUGAAGGACUUCCACGCGCUGGCUCUGCCGCCGCCGGAUGAGGAAGAGGUUCAACCGGUUCGGUUGGCCGGUCCGGUUUGGGAGUCGAGAGAUGAGGUAUUGGGAGAACCGUUGACUAAGGACGAAAUCAAUCGCUUGAUUAAAGCCACAGAGAAAUCUUCGCGCCAGCUUAACAUUGGCAGGGAUGGUUUGACACAUAACAUGUUGGAAAAUAUACAUACUUAUUGGAUGCGGCGUAGUGCGUGCAAGAUAAAGUGCAGAGGAGUGUGUACUGUGGAUAUGGAUAAUGUGUGCCAGCAGUUAGAGGAAAGGACUGGAGGAAAAAUCAUUUACAGACAGGCUGGCACAGUGUACCUUUUCCGGGGCAAAAACUACAACUAUGAAACUCGUCCACGAUUUCCUUUCAUGCGGUGGAAACCGGUGUCUCCAGUAUAUCCUAGGCUAAUUAAACGAGUUCCAGAAGGUCUAACACUUGAAAAAGCAACUGAAAUGCGUCAAAAGGGAAGGGACUUAAUGCCCAUAUGCAAGCUAGGAAAAAAUGGUGUUUACUGGGACCUUGUGACUAAUAUCAGAGAGGCAUUUGAAGAGUGUGAGCUUGUGCGAAUAAAUUGCCAGGAACUAAAUACAAGUGACUAUCGAAGGAUUGGAGCAAAACUAAAGGAUCUUGUGCCAUGCGCACUGCUUUCAUUUGAAAAUGACCACAUACUUAUGUGGAGGGGACAAAAUUGGAGGCCCUCUUUACCAGAUCCCAGAGAUGAUGACAAGGAAGCCAAUAAAAUUAAUGUUGACAAUGGAAAUUCCAAUAAACUGCCUUCAGAUGCCCAAGAAUUGUCAGCAUUGUGUCUACAGAAUAAUCCAGUAGAGAAUCUAAGCAAUGAACCUCUUGACAUAAGCAUUUUAUCUAAUUCAGAUGAUGUGAGUUUGUACAAGGCUGUGUCUUGUCCCACAGAAAAUAGCAACCAACUGGUGUCUGUGGUUACUGAUGCUGCUUCACUUUCUAUGAAAUCCUGUGAAGCUGAAACUACAGAAGAUGCCAUGGUCGCUUCUUGCGAGCCACAAAUGUUGCCUGGAACUAAUAACAAUUCUGUGAGUAACAUAGUAGAUCCUUAUUCUGACAAGUUUCCAGGAGCAGCAGAUGUUAGUGAGACCUCAAGAUCUGCACUCUGCACGGAAGGAAUUUUAUCACUGUUGGAGCAAGCUGUUGAGAAAGGCAGUGCACUAGUUUUAGACGAUGAAUUUUUGGAUGAUGACCUCCUUUAUCAAACCACAGUGGCUUUUGCUAAAUCAACUCCACCCGAGCCUGUUUAUAAGCUACCUAAACAGGUUGUCAUUGUAAAAAGUGAGAGGCAAGAAGGUUUAACGCUGGAGACAGAAGAAAUUACCAGUGUUACAAGGAUAGGUGAAAAAAUGAAUAAGAGUUCUAAAAUUAGAAGAAAAGAAUAUGGUAGGGGAUCUCUGAAUGUAUUAGUACCACAUAGAACGAUAAACGUAGAUAAACUUGCAAUUCUGAAAUGAAACCAGUUGGCAGUAUCAAAAUUAGGUUGUUAGCAAUGAUAUUAUUUGUUACUUGUGUAGGGAAUAGUAUCACUAUUAUCGAUGUAAAAAAAAAAACAUUACUUCUGUUAUCUCUGUCCAUUGUAUUUCCUUCGUUACUUUGUUUAUUCAUAAUUCCUAUAUAUUAUCUUGA